AUGUCUCCGACCGAGAAUAUGCUGCUGGAGGUGUCCUCUCCGGUCUUCGUCGCCAACGGAACCCUGCCGAGCGUGUCGGUGACGACGGAGGAACCAGUAGCUUCCCCUGUCACGAUCGCCACACUGGCCUCGCUGUUCGCCGCCAUCGGCGUAUCGGGCGUGCUGGGCAACGCGUUUGUGGUGUGCGCCGUACUGGGCGACCGAGACAUGCGCAGCUCGGUGACCAACUUGUUCAUUCUUAAUCUGGCCCUGAGUGACCUCACCAUAUUGCUGGCGUGCGUGCCGGACAUCGUGCUCUUCAUCCGCAACCGCGGCUGGGAACUGGGCUUGGGCAUGUGCAGAGCACUGCGCUUCGUCGAAGUUAUGGCCCUGUACGCGUCCGUGAUGACUCUGGUCAGCGUGUGCGUCGAGAGGUACGUUGCCAUUGUGCACCCGAUGCGGGCUCAUCUGCUCUGCUGUCGCAAGCGAGUUCGACUGGUCAUCGGCGCGCUGUGGCCUCUGUCGGCGCUGUUGGCGGCGCCCAACCUCGUCUACCACGAGAUACAGUGCGCCAGACCAGGCUUCGCACCAUGCGUCAUGCGGUUCCCAUCGUUCGAAGCGUUCGUGUUGUUCAAGUACGCCGAGUUCGUGCUCUUCUACCUCCUGCCACUCGUCAUACAGUGCGUGUUGUACACAAUCGUGGGCCUCCGGCUGUUCAGCGCCGAGUCGUUCCGCUCCAUGGCUCCAGCCGUGGGCCGUGAGAAGUACGCGCGGUCAGUCAAGGCCCGUCGCGGCGUCAUCAAAAUGCUGGUGGCCGGAGUCACCGUCUACUUCAUCAGCUUCUCGCCACAUCAGGUGUUGCUUCUGUACAACACGCUUUCGAGUCAACGUUUCGAGGAGACCUGGACGUACCUCAUCAUCGUCAACAUGAUGGCCUACACGUCAUCGGCCUGCAAUCCGCUGCUGUACAGCGUGUUCAGUCACAAGUUCCGCUCAAAGUUCCUGGCCAUCCUGGGCUUGCGCAGGAGGCGUGUGGUGCGAGGGUCGGGGAUGGCGUCGUCCAACAAGAAGAGCGACGCCAGGCGCUGGUCCUCGUCGCCCAUCACACGCGGAGGCGUCGGCGGCCAGUCCUGCAAGACGUCGCUCACGCAGGUGUGA